GACAGAUUCUAUUUGCCAGCCAAAUACUUGCUACAGUCAAAAAAUUCUCAAUGCUUUAACCUCAAGAAAGUGAAGUAGAAAAAAAAUGGAAUAUCACCAAAAGAUGAAAAUCUCUCCCGUUCCCAUCAAAUCCAUUCUCAAUAACACACUGACGAUUCAGUUUCUUUCUCAAUACUACUCUCACUCUCGCACUUGCAUUUCCGUUUACUGUGAAAAUCUAGCUGCCUUUGGCUGAGAUCUGAGAGGGAUUGAUGAUGAUGAUGAUGCAGCGGAAGCAAGAGAGAAGAGACAGUGAUUCGGAAGAGGAAGAGUUUGUGGAGGAGAAGAGUGACAAUAAGCCGCAGUGGAAAAAGCUUCUGUGUUUGUUUAGAAAUGAUUCGAUUGGUGGAAUUGGUGGAGAGAUUGUGAGAGAUGGAAAUGGAAGCAGCGUCGCAGGCGGUUCUUCUUCAGCUUCUCACCGUGGCUUUAUCAUUCGCCCUGAUGACUGGUGGUACACAGCAUGGACGCAUUUCAUACUGAUAUGGGCGAUUUAUUCAUCUUUUUUCACUCCAUUGGAGUUUGGAUUCUUCAGAGGUCUCCCAGAGAACCUUUUCCUUCUCGACAUUGCUGGGCAGAUCGCUUUUCUAAUUGACAUUAUUGUUCGUUUCUUUGUUGCCUAUCGCGACACUCAUUCCCAUCGCUUGGUCUACAAUCGAAAUCUCAUUGCCAUUAGGUACUUGAAAUCUCGGUUUUUGGUUGAUAUUUUGGGUUGUCUUCCCUGGGAUGCUAUCUACAAGGCUUGUGGGAGAAAAGAGGCGGCCAGAUACAUGUUAUGGAUUAGGCUAAGUCGGGCUCGCAGAGUGUCAGAGUUUUUUGAGAGGUUGGAGAAAGAUAUCAGGAUCAAUUACCUUUUUACGAGAAUUGUGAAACUUCUUGUUGUUGAACUCUAUUGCACACAUACAGCUGCCUGCAUAUUUUACUAUCUUGCUACUACCUUGCCUCCCUCUGAGGAAGGUUACACAUGGAUAGGAAGUUUACAGAUGGGUGACUAUCACUAUUCACACUUCAGAGACAUUGAUCUUUGGAAGCGUUAUAUAACAUCGCUCUAUUUUGCCAUUGUUACCAUGGCAACUGUUGGUUAUGGAGAAAUACAUGCAGUCAAUGUCAGGGAAAUGAUAUUUGUCAUGGUUUAUGUAUCUUUUGACAUGAUUCUUGGUGCUUAUCUGCUUGGUAACAUGACUGCAUUAAUUGUAAAAGGAUCAAAGACUGAAAAGUUUAGAGAUAAAAUGGCUGAACUCAUCAAAUAUAUGAAUAGAAACAAUCUUGGAAAGGGUAUAAGUAAUGAGAUCAAAGGCCAUUUGAGAUUACAAUUUGAUCGCAGCUAUACUGAAGCAGCUGUCCUUCAGGAUAUUCCAUCUUCUUUACGUGCAAAGAUCUCACAAAAGUUGUAUGAACCAUAUAUCAAAGAAGUUCAUCUUUUCAAGGGAUGCUCUUUGGGAUUCAUUAAGCAGAUUGCAAUAAAGGUGCAUGAGGAGUUUUUUCUCCCAGGUGAAGUGAUUAUAGAACAGGGCCAAAUAGUGGAUCAACUUUAUUUUGUCUGUCAUGGUGAAUUGGUAAAGGAGGAAUUAGGAAAAGAAGGAAAUGAUGAAACUGAAGAGCCCAUGUGUCUGCAAGCAUAUAGCUCAUUUGGUGAAAUUUCUUUUCUUUGCAACACUCCUCAGCCACAUACAGUUCGAGUUAGGGAACUUUGCAGGGUCUUGCGACUUGAUAAGCGAUCAUUUACCGAGAUCCUUGAGAUUUACUUCUCUGAUGGACGAACUAUCUUGAACAAUCUCCUUGAGGGAAAAGACUCCAAUCUGCAGAAUGAGUUAUUGGAGUCAGAUGUCACACUUCACAUUGAAAAAUCUGAGUCAGUUUUGGCCACAAGGUUGAAUUGUGCUGCAUAUGAUGGAGAUUUUUAUCGGCUGAAACGUCUGAUUGGAGCUGGGGCAGAUCCUAAUAAGACAGAUUAUGAUGGAAGAUCACCUCUGCACGUUGCUGCUACUAAAGGACAUGAAGAUAUAACACUUUUCCUUAUUGAGCAAGGAGUGGAUGUCAACAUUUCAGAUAAGUUUGGAAACACUCCCUUGCUUGAAUCUGUCAAGGGUGGGCAUGAUGAAGUAGGAUCCGCGCUAGUUAGAGCAGGGGCAACACUGGAAAUUGAUGAUGCUGGUGGUUUUCUCUGUAUGGCAGUUGCAAGGAGGGAUUUGGGACUCUUGAAAAGAGCUUUAGCCAAUGGAAUGAAUCCAAACGCCAAAAAUUUUGAUUGCAGGACACCACUUCACGUAGCUGCCUCAGAAGGGUUGUACCCAAUGGCAAAGUUACUUCUAGAAGCAGGGGCUAGCGUUUUCUCAAAGGACAGGGAUUCCAAGAAAAGGCUAAACAGGCUAGCAUACUCUGGUGGACAGGAUCGUUGCCCCCCCUGUGAUACUGUACAGCAGAGCUAGCCCAACUGCUUAAGGCAGUUCUUAUUAUGGGGGAUAUCCUUGUAAUGUCAAGUUUCUCCUGUUCCUAAUCUUAGAAGGAGAUUUUGCAAUUCUAAAGAUAGGUGCUUGUAACUUAUCCUUCACAGUGAUAAAUGCAGGCGGCUCUUUUUGGAUCUAUGCACAUCAAAGAACCACUUAAAAUUUCCAUGUCUUUUUCUAUUCAUUUCCAUAUGAUCUUUAUUCUAAUUUGUCAUUAAUUUUUUUUCCCCGCAUUUUUCAUUUUUAAGAUUUUCUGCGAAGUAGGAAAUGAACUUACAAUAAAAGUUGGAUUGAGGGCAAGAUAUGUGGGAAAUUUCUUACCUAGAUGGUCCAUCGUGGACGGAGAGAGUAAUGCAUAGUGGGAUACACUUAUUUUGCAUUUGAAUCCUGCAUAUUUAUGUCUUGGUCCAUGUGGACUGAGUCUAGUGAAAAAAAUUCCAGAUAAGAGUAGAUGGCACCACCUCCUCCUAUUUGGAGCUUCAGGUGUAUUCUACACUUACUAAAUAUAUAAUUUAUUGGAAGUUUGUUAGUUUUGCUAUUCAGACUUGCACAAGUCAACUUGCGUUUCUUCUAUUUCUUAGAAGUUAAAAGAAAUAUUUGUUUGAGCUGUCUACAAUGCUAUUAUCUGAUUACAUAUUGAAAGUUUAAACUCAUAAAUUGUGCAAUCUAUCCCAUUUUGGAUUGACAAAGUUCAUCCAC